UUGAAACAACACAACAAAAUAAUGAAUAUCAUAACAAUUUGAAGAACAAAUCCGUGUGUCACAAUUACAAUAAAUUAUCAAAAUUUUCUACGACUACCAUGCACGGGCAUUUUCUUUUAAUAUAGGGGCUAGCGCGUAAUCGCAAUGGACAACCUGAAUUUGUACAGUGUUCUUGGAGUGGCACAGAAUGCGACCGCGGAUGAUAUUAAAAAGAAUUAUCGCAAAUUGGCCAAAGAAUUCCAUCCGGACAAGAACCCAAAGGCGGGGGAUAAGUUUAAGGAAAUAUCAUUUGCCUAUGAAAUACUUUCCGAUCCGGCGAAACGUCGUAUUUACGAUCGCUAUGGAAUAAGAGGUCUGCAGGAAGGCGCAGAAGGCGGCGCGGAGUCAUCAACAUUUUUUUCACAAUGGUUUGGCGGGAGACCCGACGGCAGGGUAAUGAUCAAAUUAGAGCUGACCCUGGAAGAGAUAUACAUGGGUGAUAGUAAAAAAACGGUGGAAUACAUGCGACAGAAGCUAUGUGAUAACUGCAGGGGAGAUGGCGGCCCGCAAGAGGGCCGCGAAAACUGUGAGGCUUGCAAUGGAGGCGGCCACAUCCCUGCCUUUGCAUUCAUGGGUAUGAAUGCCUUCGACGUGUCUUGCGCCACGUGCGACGGUCGAGGGUUCAUCAUCAAGAAAUCAAUGCAGUGUAAGACGUGCUCUGGCUCCGGAUUUGUGGAAGAGCAAAUGAAACGCGAUGUGAUGAUUGAACGCGGCGUGCCAAACAUGCUGAAGCUGCCCUUUGUCCAAGAGGGGCAUCAGUUGCGCAACGGAGAAUUCGGAGACCUCUAUGUGGUCAUCGUACAGGCUGAUCAUUCGGUCUUUAGGCGUCGCCAUGCAAAUCUGUACAUGGGAGAUCUAGAGAUUAAUCUAACGGAGGCUCUGUGCGGCUAUACGCAUUGCUUCAAGCAUUUGAAUGGGCAGAACAUGUGCAUGCGCACGAAGCCGGGCGAAGUGCUGCGGCACAAUCAAAUUAAAAUGAUGAAAGGAUCUGGCAUGCCGGUGUUUAGCAAACCGAAUGAUCAUGGUGAUCUCUAUGUGCAGUUCAAGGUGAACUUUCCGGAGAAUGGUUUCGCCACUGCAGCUCAGCUGACCACGUUGGAGAGUGUACUGCCGCCACGUGAAAAUGUCACCAUGCCGGAUGGAGCAGAGGAGGCGGAAAUGACAGACUAUAAACCACAAAGACGUCGCGGCGAAACUGAUGAUGACGAUGACUCGCAACAUUUCGAGGGUGUUCAAUGCCAGACAGCUUAGUUGUGGGCAUGGGCGUAUCCGUGGCUGUUACAGGCUCGAUAUCUCGCCAUCGAUCUUUGGAAUCUGCUGUCCACGCUUGGCGUGGACGAGUUGUGCUUUUUAGUGCCGCUUAUCGUUUUACUAUGCAUAGUAUUAUUUUUUAUACAGGAAUGUUUGCUGUGAUGAGCGCGUGAUGCAAAAUUUUGGCUAAUGUUAUUAGCUAGUGAGCCCCUAGCCCUAAUCAAAUAGUAGAUUUAGCUUAGCUAAAGCAUAGAAUUUUACGUUAAUUUCCCAAAACCAAAAAUUCUCCGUUUUACUAUUGACUCAACGCAUCUAAAGCUAAAUACCCGACAGCAAAAAAUAUUAAGAAAUAAAUUUACUUUAAAAU